AUGCCCCCCCCUCCUUCCCUCUCUCUCUCCCUCUCUAGCUUACAUGCAUGGCGACUAAUCAAUCUCCUACUCGGGCUCUCCCUCCCAACCCCCUCACCUGUACAGGAAAACCACGAAUUCUUGGCUACAAAAUCAAAUAAGAGGACUUUGUAG